CAGAAGAACUGGCUGGUGGAUACAAGCUAGCAAAACCUGUUUAUUACUGUGGUCCCCCUCAAAGCUGAAAUUUCCACUCCACUCUUGCGGCAGGCUUGCCCCAUGUGAGGUUGCUUCCCUUCCCUCUGCCUUGCUCUUUCUUGCGUCUCCUGACAAUCCUCAUUCCACGGAAUCAGCGUCUCUGAACUUCCUUCCCCUUUCAGAACUGGAUGAGACCCCUUUGACAGUGAAAAGCGACAUGGCCACCAUUGUUAAAGUGAUGCAGUUACCGGAUUCGGGGCUAGAAAUUCGGGACAGGAUGUGGUUAAAAAUCACCAUCUCCAAUGCGGUGAUUGGAGCAGAUGUCGUUGACUGGCUUUACUCCCAUGUGGAGGAUUUCAAAGACCGUCGAGAAGCCCGGAAAUAUGCCAGCAGCAUGUUGAAGCAUGGCUACCUCCGACACACUGUGAAUAAGAUUACUUUCUCAGAACAGUGCUAUUACGUCUUUGGAGAUCUUUGUGGCAAUCUGGCUGCAAUGAACCUUAACAACGGUUCCAGCGGAGCUUCUGACCAAGACACCCUGGGCCCCCUCCCGCACCCCUCCACGCCUUGGCCGCUGGGGCAAGGUUAUCCUUACCAGUAUCCCCUCGCCCCUCCAUGUUUCCCGCCAGCCUACCAGGAUCCUGGUUUCAGCUAUGGGAGCGGCAGUGCGGGAAGCCAGCACAGUGAAGGAAGCAGAAGCAGCGGCUCUAACCGAAGCAACAGUGAGAACAGCCAGCGAGCCCUGAGUCGGGAGAAGGAUCGCAAAUCAGCCGGCGCGGGGGGCGGCAGCAGCGGGUCGGACCCAGCCACCUGGAGCGGGGGUGGGGGGAGCGUCUUGCGGCAGGAGCGGCCCCCCAGCCAGCUGAGCCACCGCAGCCACAUCUCGGCCACCCCCAGUGAGAGAAGUCCUCGCAGCCACCACUCAUACGGGCUGCCUUCUCUUGGGAAUUUCCCAAAGCUGGGGGGCAAAGUCUACGCGGCCAGCGGGCCGCCCGGAGGACCUCCAGUGCGGGAACUUGGCUCCGUCCCUCCCGAACUGACCGGGAGCCGCCAGUCCUUCCAGAAGGCCAUGGGCAACCCGUGCGAGUUCUUCGUGGACAUUAUGUGAACAGAAGUGCCUUCAGAGAGAGUCCGCGCUGAGGGUCCCUGUUCUGUUGGCGGACUGGCGCUGGACUUUUUUCUUUCUAAGCAACGGGGAAAGAGAGGAAAAACCCGAUCCCACUCCCCCCCGCCCCCCCUUGACAAUCUUUUGCAUGUCACACCCUUCUGACUCUUGAUUGUGUUUUGCCAGCAAACAGGGAAGAACAAUUCCAGGAUGUUAAUAUCUGCCAAUCGGGCAUAUUUUGUCCUCGUCCCUUUUUUUCCUCCCCCUCCCCUUCCUUUUUCUGAAUGUGAUUGAUAGGUGUUUUCUCCACAUAUCUUAAUGAGCUUUGUUAUGCGUGGCACCUUUUCUCAGUGCAAUUUUACUGUGUUCUCCUUGGCUUAAUCAAGGGAUCGUAUUUUAUAUAGUACUUAAAAACAAAAACAAAAGCAACACGCAAUUCUCCGGUUCUGCAUAUUUGCACCUUUAAAGAAUACUCUGGUUUCUUUCUUUCCAGUCUUGGGGGAAAAAGUUACAAUGAGGAGGAUAAAGACGACACAACUAGGAGCUAUGAGAUUGGGGUGUGUCUGUGUGUGUUCGUUGGGCCCCAUUGCAGCAAUAGGUGAAGAUCUAUCUGUGGGUCUAAGUUCUUUCCGCCUUCCUUUUGGCUCUUUUUCAUUAAGGUUUUGUUUGUACGUUCUGACCCUGGUUCAAUACUGGGUCUUUUCCUUAAGAAAGAAAAACCGUUUUGUGAGAAACUCAACAGGUUGAAUUUCUCCUCCGAAAACGGGAACUCUUGGGUUCCAUAUUUUACACCUCGAAAGAAGAUUCUGGUGAUUGUAGAGCUUCAGCAGGUACUACAGGCAGUUUUGCCAAGUGGUCUUCCAUCCAUCACUCUCCUUGCUCUAGACAGAAAGAGAAUUGCUGCCUUUGUCAGUCACACACCCUAAAACCGGUCCUGUGUCUUGCCUCCCUCCCUCUUUCUCCACCAUUUUCCCUUCGUUGGGACUGGCCCAGCCUUCCUAUGACAUAAUUAAACUCCCCUUUCAUUGUCUGAUCUCUUAGCAAAUGGUCAAGCUCUCCCUUGGAGAAGCAUCUCUUGGGGUGCUCCUGUUUCUGUAGAAGAUUUGGCCCAGGUGAGGUCUUUUCCUGUGGCACCUGCGUUGUGUAUUUUAAAAAGCUGAAGCAUUAAUGCAAACAAACCCCACCCAAGUUGUCAAGCUGGAUGGCAAGAAAGUGUGUGGCUUUGUUGACACUUGUUAGAGAAAUUCUAACUGCGACAUGGUGUGUUUUUCCCAAUUUUACUCUUCUAAGCGUUGAAUUAUCAUGGCUGUGUUUGCAUCUGGAUAUUGUUUGCGAUUUCUUUAUGGUAUUGGCUCCCCCCCCGCCCCCCCAAUUGCUCUGAGUUAAGAAUAUUGCAGGGAAGGGGAGCGCAUAGGUUUUGGUGGAAGAUCUGGGGAACCUGGUUUUCUGAGAGCCCAAUCAAGGUAGGAAGGAAAGAAGAGGAGUGUAUAAGAAGAGGGAGGGAAUUACGUAGAGGGGCAAAGUUGUUCUCUACUUGUGUGACAUAUCACCUGCAUGCUCUUUGCCUCCAGGUGAGCGAACUAUGACAAAUGGUGAAAAGGCAGAGAGAAAGAAAAAAAAAAUCCCAGGGUGAUUUGCGGAUAAAUGAGUAAGGCCUGUUACAGAAUGUUUCAGAUGCCCGCCAGCCAGCCACCUGUGCCCCUCCCUGUUCCAUGCCUCCCCUCCGUGUUUGACCACUGGAUAUGGGCAUGUGAUGCUGUGAACAAGUAAAUGGGAGUCACAAGACAGUUUUGUCCUGUAUGAAUGUUGCAAUGCCUUCCAAGUGGUGUUCCUCUCCCUGGAUGUGAAUGAUGGGAAUUAGUGGGUACCAUCUUGGUGAAGGCAGAUCUUAGAUUGCUCCUGUGUAUCAAGGGCAGGCAGGCAGUUGGCUCCCUAUGAAGUUCCAAGGUCUUGGAGAGACUUUGUUUUUCCAGACCUGUUAAUCAAAGGAGAUCCUUCAAGGUAGCUAGAGAACCUGUGCCCAACUGCUCACCCACAUUGAUUUUUCACACAUGCCAUGCACACUGUUUUUCUCUAUCUAUCGUUCUCUAUGGUUGUGGGUGUGAAACAGGUUCUCUUGACGGGCUGCUGUUGUUUUUUUAAACAAUUCUGGCUAAUACUUGGAUAUUUGAGGACUGUGCCUAAUGGCGAACUGUUGUAGGUGUUACUCUUUUGAAGGAAUUGUACUGUGAUUCCAAAUGGUCAGUUUAUCUUGCUGGGCAGCAGCAGGAUAAGCUAGUUCUCAUGAAUUAAUUGAGGAAAGCAUGUUUAAGUUUAUUGUUUCAGAGACUAUUUUGAAAAGACGUGUUUACCCCUUUAAAAUCUCUGGCAUAUUCACCUUUUCUUUUCAGAGGGAUCCAUCUCCCAGAUGUUUUACCCAGAUGUGAUGGGAUAAAGCCAGCCAUCCUUUGUGGGCAUGACCUCCUUUCUGCCUUGCCUUUAAUCCUUUCUCUUCCCAACUAGUGAGUCCUGUCUUGGGCACAGAGAAAAAACAUUGAAAUUGAAUGUUUGGGGCUAGCUGCUUCUUCCCCUUUAAAGUUGCAUUUUACUGAAUAGUAAGGAAUAAUGUCAAAGGAACAGCCUAAUUCUAAUCAGGGAUUAGAAUGAUGCAUACAGAAUCUAUGUACAGUCGAGCAAAAAAAAAAAAAAA